GCGACCGACGCCGCCCCUUCGCCCCUCACCGCCGCUGACCACUCGAGCGCCGACAUGGUGGAAGCCGACCGCCCCGGGAAGCUCUUCAUUGGCGGGCUCAACCUCGAAACCGACGAGAAGGCCCUCGAGGCAGAGUUUGGCAAGUAUGGCCGCAUCAUCGAGGUGCUCCUCAUGAAAGAUCGAGAAACCAGCAAGUCCAGGGGCUUCGCGUUCAUCACCUUCGAAAGUCCCGCGGACGCCAAGGCCGCCGCCAGAGACAUGAACGGCAAGUCCCUGGAUGGUAAGGCCAUCAAGGUGGCUCAGGCCACCAAGCCGGCCUUUGAGAGCGGCCGGCGCGGCCCGCCGCCGUCCCGCAGCCGCGGGCGCCUGAGGGGCCUGCGCGGGACCCGCGGGGGCGGCGGCGGCCCGCGGCGACCCCCGUCGCGGGGCGGGCCGGCCGACGACGGCGGCUACGCGGGCGACUUCGACCCGCGGCCCUCCAGGGCCCCGCUGCCCCUCAAGCGCGGGCCGCCGCCGCCGCGCAGGGCCGGGCCGCCCCCCAAGAGGGCCGCGCCGUCGGGCCCGCCUCGCAGCGGCGCCGGUGGGAUGCGCGGGCGGGCCCCGGCCGCGCGGGGGCGAGACGGCUACGCGGGCCCGCUGCGCCGGGAGCCGCCGCCCCCGCGCCGCGACCCCUACCUGGGCCCCCGGGAGGAGGGCUACUCGCCGAGGGACGGCUACUCCAGCCGCGACUACCCGAGCGCCCGCGACCCGCGCGACUUCGCCCCGUCGCCCCGAGAGUACACCUACCGCGACUACGGCCACGCCGGGGCCCGGGACGACUGUCCGUCGAGAGGCUACGGCGACCGCGACGGCUACGGGAGUCGCGACCGCGACUACGCGGAUCAUCCGAGCGGAGGCUCCUACCGAGACCCCUUCGAGAGCUACGGGGAGCUGCGCAGCGCCGGCCCGGCGCGCGGGCCCCCGCCAUCCUACGGCGGAGGGGGAGGCCGCUACGACGACUACCGGGGCUGCUCGCCCGACGCCUACGGCGGCGGCCGCGACGGUUACGGCGGCCGCAGCGAGCGCUACUCGCGGGGCCGCGACCGGGUAGGCAGAGAGGAUCGCGGGCUGCCCUCGUCCCUGGAAAGGGGGUGCCCUCCUCCGCGCGAUUCUUACAGCCGGUCGGGCCGCAGGGCCCCCCGAGGCGGAGGCCGCCUGGGAAGCCGCUCCGAGAGGGGAGGAGGCCGGAGCAGAUACUAAAGGAACAGACUUGGGCCCAAAUCCGUUUUCAAAGAAACUAACGGAAAGAAGAACCUGUUCUGUGGAAAUUGCCCAAGGACUGGUACAAGGAAGAGUUGUUUUUACCUUUUAAGAAUUACCUGUUAACUUCCUCUCCAUAAUUUUUCUGCUUUUGGGAGGAAAAAAGUUAAAAUUCAUUUAAUUUCGUUUUGGAAUUGUUAACGUUUCUUGCAACAAGCUCAUGUUAAAAGUAUGACUUGACUCUGCGUACUAGUCUUCUUAUAUUUCCAAGUAGAAAUUCUGCUAAAGGCUUCCUCCCUUCUAAAUUUUCCUGAUAAAUGAGGCAAACAGUUCUAAGAUCUUUUACAAAUAA